GGCUUGACUGAGAAGACCAGGUUGAAAAGUUUCGAUGAAUUCAGCCGUGCCUACAUUACACAAACUUUGGCAUCGCGCAUUCCUGGAUGACGGCAAUUUUUUUUUCAUCUUCUAAAACAAUUGUUUGUUAACUAAAAUAGAAAUGGUUUUAUGCAAGGGGAGGUAAUUUAAAAAAAAAAAGUAAGCGCGGUAAUCCAGCAGCUCAGCGGAAGUUAGGCCAAACUCGACAUUUGAUGGUCCGUGGACAAUAUUUCUUAUGCUGUUCUAGAACAUAGAAAUAACACGUUGGAAUACGAUCUGGCUCUAAAUAUAUUUCUUAACAAAAAGUCUUUGUAACAUUUGACAGCAUUGAAAAACGAUGAAGACGACGAUGGAGAUGAAUUUUGUUGUGGUUAUCGCCCUUGUAUGUUUUCAUUUUUCCUUGAGUGUGUCACCAGACCUGGCCGCCCCUGAUAGCAACACCCUCAACAUGGACUUCUCGCCAGACGACUCCGCCGCUGGAGGGCUGGACACCAACAGAGACAACUCCAACGCCACGCCGCUGGUCAUUACCGCACCUCCGCCAACCACCACGACUACCCCAACGACAACCACAACAACCACAACAACCAGACCGACAACCACCACAACGCCAUUGCGCACGACGACAACGUUGAAACCGACAACAACCCCUUACCCUACAACUACCACAACAACAACAACUACCACUACACGUCCAACAACAACGACGACUCCACUACCACCUACAACAACAACAUCAACAACAACGACAACAACGACGACAACAACCAAGCCACCACCGACCAGACCCCCUCCACCUCCCCCAACAACCACCACACAAGACCCAGGUAAUAUCUACAACCCUAACGGCCCACAUUACCCACACAACCCCCACUACCCCCACGGAAACAACGGGUGGCUGUACCCACCCAUCUACCAACCCAGCGGCCAGUGGGGUGGGGGAAGGCUGAACAUACCCUGGUGGAUGCUCCUCCUGGACGAGGUCUAACCCUAGGGGCCUUUAGUCUGUUAGCGUGAGAACCGCUCGCCUGGGUCUUAUGAGGGGAAAGAAAAUUUUGAGAUCAACUUCCGAGAACAAAGUUUACAGAUGAUCUACUUGGCUGCACGUUUAAAGAAAGCCUUUGAUUGAUUUCCGGUAGAAAACUAUGGGUUUUGACUUUCCAAUUUUCCUGUAAAAAAAAUACAAAUGUGUGCACCUGUUUAAUGUUUAUAUUCAAAAUGCGUGCACAAAUAAAUAAUAAAACACACGGCUUACACGAAUCCUUACAAUAAGGAUGUUGUAAUUUAUAUUUAAAAAUUGAUUUAUAUAUUUAUUUUGUUUCGUUUUAACCCUGUUUUGAAUCAAAUCGAUCAAUAAAUCGCUAUUUAAUUAGCACCAGCAAUGACCUGCCUUAGAACACGUAGAAACGUAUUGUUUAUGUAUUGUUUAUUAACAUUUUAGAUACAUUGUUUAUUACCAUUUAGAAACGUAUUGUUUAUUACCAAUAAGACACGUAUUGAUGGCUAACAUUUAGAAGGUGAUUGCAAGUUAGAAAUACUUGUACACUUCAUUAGUUUACAACAUAUUGUUAACUUUUCCUGAUAUGUUUUGUCUCAUUUUUUAAAACUUUAAAUUGAAAAUUGAAAAACAAGGUGAUUUCAAGUAAAUCUGUUUUGAAAUAUUACUUAUGUUAAAAUAUAAUAUGCUGUAAACUAUUCGUUUAUUUAGAAUUAUGUUUUGUAAAAUGUUAUAUUGAAAAACAAUUUUUGGCUAUUUAAAAAUCAGUUGAAAACAUCAAGCGACUUGUGUGAAUUUUGUUUCUAAAAAAAAUUAUUAUGAUUUUAUUUGGGCUAUGUUUAUUUCAGCCACAAUUUAAUCUACUUGCAAGCUGUUGUCACAUCAUUUGUAAAUAUAAAAAAUUCUAUUUGAAUACAUCUGUUUUGUAUAGU